AUGGAUCGUUUGGUAUAUGAGGCGGCAACAUCCGGCGAUGUGGGUUUGUUCAGAAGGAUUAAAGAUGGUUAUGAAUUACCAGAUGUUCUUUAUAAGAAAACACCCAAAGACAACAAUGUUCUUCACAUUGCAGCUGAAUUCAAGCAAAUAAAAUUCUUCAAUGACAUCCCACUUGAAUAUGGAUCUUCACUGUUUUGGGCGACCAACAAGAAGGGUGACACUCCACUGCACGUUGCUGCCAAAGUAGGAUGUGUUGAAGUAGUUGAGUUCCUCAUUGAACAUGCAAGGAUAACGCCUCAUCACAUGGAAAGAGGUGACGAGGAGAGCGGACCAGCUGAUGGUGAAUCUCAAAACAAGUUACUCCAAGUGAAAAACUCGGAUAACGACACAACAUUGCAUCUUGCUGUUCGAUACAAUCACGAUGAAGUUGUGAUUCGGUUAAUGGAAGCCGAUCCUCAAUUGUGUUGUUUCACUAAUAACGCAAAUGAGUCGCCCUUGUUCCUAGCUGUUAGAAAAGGCACUCCAAGCAUUGUUCAUAGUAUUCUAAAGGCGUACGAGUCUGGCGUUUCUCCUUCUUUCUGGGGGACUAAUGGAGUGACAGCUUUGCAUGCUGCAGUGACUCAAGAACAACUGAAAGGCAAAGGCGUUGUCGAGAUUAUGGUGUCCAAAAACCGUGACCUAAUCAAAGAAGUUGAUGCUAUUGGAUGGACUGCCUUGCACUACGCAGCAUUCACAGGCAACGUUGAAGCUACUCAACUACUGAUGGAAUCUGAUAGUUCUGCUUCUUAUAUCAUGGACUUAUCAUCAAAAAUUCAAACGGUUCUUCAUUCUGCAAUUUUAGGUGGACAAGGCAAGGUGGUUAAGUACAUAUUAAGGACGCCUAAACUUACGGGACUUAUUAAUGAAGCUGAUGAAGACGGAAACACUCCUUUGCAUAUCUCUGUUAAGUACAAGAAAGUUGAAAUUAUCUCCAUUUUGACGGCCGACCAUAGAGUGGACAAGGAUGCGGUCAAUAAAAAGUUCUCAAAAGCCAUUGAUAUUUUUCUUGGUCAAAAUAGUGAAGAACAGGGAACUAUUGACAGUCCGGUUUUGCACCAGUUGGGGUCCUGCGUAGGUGGUCCAUUUUUCCAACAAAAAAUCAGCCAUGAUUUCAACAAACCGGAAACUUCAGAGAAGGAUACGCCCGGCACAUCGGCCAUUGAACACAAGAAGCGAAGCCCGCAAUCUACUUCCAAUCAGGCCUUGAAAAGACGAGAUACCAAACUAGUGGUGACGACGCUUAUCGCAACCGUCACUUUUGCAGCAGCUUUAACUCCUCCGGGUGGAUUUAAAAGCGACGGAAAUCCAGUUCUAUCGGAAGAUACAUUUUUCAAAGCAUUUCAGUUUUUCAACCAGGUAACCUUUAUACUCGCAAUUAUUGCAAUCUAUAACGAAUCAAAUCCAAUACGUAUCUCGUCAAUCGAAAUAGCCACACCUGAAAAUCUCAUUCAGUAUUCCAUCGGAGGGAUGCUGGUAGCAUUUUUCUCGGCCACGAUAGCAGUGACGCCCAAACGCCUCAGAAUGCUUACACUUAGAAAAAACCCCUUUACUGGUCAACCUCCGUUUGAUACUGUUCUCAAAGUAAUUGGUUGGCUCGGGUUGGCACUUGUUUCGGUGCACGUGAUUUGGACUACAUAUCGAAAAUGGAGAAACAACCGCUCAGGCUGUAAACCGUGUAACUUAUAA